CAUUCGGGCGCGGACACCAGUCCAAAGCUCGACGUUGCCAACGCCAUUGCAAUUCAUAUAUUUACAACUUAUUAUCUUUUUAAAAUUAAAUUGUUCACUUUUUAAAAAUGCGUGUACAUUUGUGUAUUUUGGCGGUCAUCUGCGGCGUUAUUGGCGCGUCCGCGGCUAAUUUGCCGUCGUACUUCACGGCAUGCUCGGAGUCAGACCCGAAUCUGGACCACUGCAUCGAAGACGUCAUCAGAGCGGGCGGGCCGCAGUUUGCUGAUGGUAUCCCCGAGUUGGGAAUCGCCCCUCUGGACCCGCUGCAGCUGGGGAAAGUGGUGGUGAAUAACCCUUCGCUAAAGCUGACCUUCACUGACACUGUCGUCACUGGCUUGAGGGGAUUCCGGGUCAACGCUUUCAAGAUGCAGGCUGCCAAGGGCAAGGCCAUGAUCGACUUCACAGCCAACGUGACCCUGAAGGCUCACUACGAUAUUGACGGGCAAGUGAUCAUCCUGCCCAUCAGGGGGAAUGGACCCGCCAAGAUUAGGAUCACGAACCUGAACAUCGUGAUCAAGUACGACUUCGACACGCAGGACGGGCACUGGGUGGUGACCAACUAUAAGGACACGUACAAAAUGGACCGCGCUCAGUUCAAGUUCUCCAAUCUCUUCGGUGGCAACAAGCAACUUGCGGAGACGACCCACAGGUUCACGAACGAGAACUGGGAGAUUAUAAUGUCGGAGAUCGCGCCCGGCGCCAUCAAGGGCAUCAUCAAGAGCUGCGUGGACGUCGUCAACAAGUUCUUUAGCGUCGUGCCGGCCGCUGAUAUGUUCAGCUCUUGAAUGGGGAAAUAAUAUCAAAGGCUAUCAACGAGAAUUGGGAGCCAGUGAUCAGAGACAUCGCGCCCGUCGCCUUCGAACAGAUCAUCAAAUCCUGCGUGGAGGAGGUUAGCAAACUCUUCGACCGGGUUCCUGCUGACCAACUGCUGCUUGCAUAAAGGCUGGAAGUAACAUAUGAUGUGCGAUGGUCGGUCCAUGGAACUGAGAAAAGAUAUGGUUUACCUACGUUGCAUUUAGCUCUAAAAUCUAGAACUACCAACAAGCUAACUCAGCACGAACUUAGCACGACUUAGCAUAUUAAAUGUAUGAAAUGCAUCUCUUUAACUGACAACAAAUAGUAGCAAUUCCUCGAAGCGCAACCAUUUUACGCAAGCUAUUCGAUCGCACCUUUUAGUUGCUAAGUUCUUCUGAGUAAAAUGCCCUGUGAGUGUGAGUGAAAAAUUCUUAGCCUUUUGAAGGCCGGUUCAUACCGACUACACGUGGUUUACAAAUCUAUAAAAAGGCGCAAGCGCACGUGUCACUCAGUCGGUGAGCACCGGUCUUAAAACUAAAAAUGCUCGCAAUAUUGUAAUUCCGGGGUUUUUUUUAUUCUAUAAGGUACAGGUACAGUCGCAUCCAUUGAUAUGUAUAUGCAUUCAAUUUUAGACUUUGUCACAUUGGCAUAAGAACCGAUGUGUAAACAAAUUAGUCCUUGUCUGUACUUGGACCUCAAUAUACUUUCUCAGUUGCCAUAACGUUUGCCUCGCACCGAAGUAUGUUACAAGCAGUGUGUGCUCACUGAUUUAAUUAGUUAUUUGCAUAACUGCUAUUGUUUGCACUUUAACGGGUUUAAAACGUUGCCUAAAGGAUCAUUUGUGACUGACGAAAUUUCCCCCCGUUACAAUCGUUUCCUUUAAAACCGUCAUAUUAAUUAUGCGACUCAUAUUCUUACUUGCAAUAGUUAGUGUUUUGUAAUUAUGCCAUGAGUAACGUACAGUCAACUACAAAUUUAUUGCAAAAUGAUUGACUGCAUUAGUGCUUUAUGUAGCUGACUAAUUUCUUUUAUUAAUUUAGUUUGAAUGACAAAUCUAAAAUUGUAAUAUCGAAUCAUAAAAAAUGGAGGCAAAUCUAUUUAAAUAAAUAGAUUAUAAUUUGAUCUACAGUUAUCAGAGAAAUAAAAAUAGUCAACAUAUCAAAAGAUCAUAAAUAAUGAAUCUUGUAAACUACAGAGUAUCUUACUACAAAAUAAUACACAUCUUGAACACUAUUAAAUUGUUAUAUUCUUGAGUUGAUAUUCUUAUGACCUUCCUGAUAAACAAAUCAACAUUUUCAAUGAGGUUCAAUCAUUAUUAUAAACUUUACAUCAUAUUGUGUAACCAUUUAGAAAUAUGCACAUUUCAAGUAGGUAUAUCAUAAUAUCAACUUCUAGGCAGGAUCAGAUAAACUUCAGAAUUUGAUAAUGUGUUUGAAGGCUGGACUAGCACAAAUUAGCUUAAGUAAUGUGAUAAUAAGUAAGGUAUAGUGUAAGGACUGAUUUAGAUUUAAGUAUUUAAAAUAAAUUACAACCACAAGUUA